AUGGCGUGUCAGGAGCAGGUUGUGUACAGCCUUAGCGGCGGGCUCAUCCUGGCCGGGGUCUGGUUCUUGCUCCGGCAGCUGAGAUUUCAGAUGCCUUACGGGCGCUACGCGGGCUCCUCCAAGAGGUGGUUGGUGCCUGCCAAGGUGGCCUGGUUCCUGCAGGAGCUGCCGUCUUUCCUGGUCCCCGUGCUCCUUCUCCUCUCCACUCACCAACCUUCCAUCCUGGGAAAGUACCUUCUGCUCUCCACCUUCUGCCUGCACUAUUUCCACAGGACAUUUGUCUAUUCCCUCCUAACCAAAAGCCGGCCUUCCCCUCUCAAGAUAAUGGUCUCUGCCUUUGCAUUUUGCUCUUUCAACGGCUUCUGCCAGGGCCACUACCUGUUGCACUGUGCCGAGUACACAGAGGCCUGGCUGAGGGACAUCCGCCUUGUGACCGGUUUAAUCCUGUUCUUUCUGGGAAUGGCCAUUAAUAUCCAUAGUGACUACAUUCUGCGUUGCUUGAGAGAACCUGGUGAUUUCACAUACAAGAUUCCCAGAGGAGGCCUGUUUGAUUACAUCUCUGGGGCAAACUUCUUUGGUGAAAUAAUGGAGUGGUUCGGCUACGCCAUAGCCACCUGGUCCAUGCCAGCCUUCUCCUUCGCAUUUUUUACCACAUGCUUGAUUGGACCCCGAGCUUACCACCACCACAGGUACUACAUAGAGAAAUUCAGUGAUUACCCCCGGGCAAGGAAGGCUCUGAUUCCAUUUAUCUUUUGAGAGAGGGGUAACCCCUGUCAUCCUUAGCCAAAACAGGCAAAGAUAGUCUUUAGAAGAAAAUUGAAAGACAUAAGUAAAAUGUUUAAGGAAUAGCCGGGAAAAGCAAUAGAUUGCAGACCUUGUUAAUAGACUUGUCAAUUGUUUACAUUAUCUCUGUAUUUUCUAACACUAGAAAAAGGCAUCUACAUAUGCAAUGACUCAGCAAGUCUGUUUAUCAGCUGAGGAACGCAUUGUAUUCCCCCUUACAGCAAUAUGAUCAUGUUUUUUCAGUGCAUGCUAUAUUAUCACGCUUUGUAUACAUUUAUUAUGGCUUUCACUGGCAUUUCAUCUGUUAGAAUAUCAGAGCAGCAGUGUGGCAUGGUGACAAGGAGCAGGGCUUGUUUCCCAGGUUUGAUUUCAUUUGGCCAAAGUAUUCAUCUUGAAAUGCCUAAGUAAAUAUCCAGCUGUAUAAGUGGAUAUAAUGUACAAAUUAAGGUAUGCAAGAUGUAAUGGUAUGAGAUGCUAAGGGUAAGAAAUGUAACAAAGGUAAUGUAAAGUCUUUCUUUUUAAAGCACUGCAAGCAUCUGUGCUUGUCAAGCUACA